AUGCAUUCGUUAUUCAAUCACUAUCAGGUGCUCAGAAACAUCGUGUCAGAGUUGGACAGCAACAUUGAUCGGCUCUGCUUCAGUCUCACGUGCAGGCAGCUCUUUGCAAGCAGGGAGCUCUAUCUGCGAUUCAAACCAAGCCCGCCAUUCAAGGUGGACGCCGACGAGUUGCUCAACUUUAUACACACACUCAAGCUGUACAAAUCGAUGCUGUCGCAAUCGACGGCCAAUGUCGACUGCUGGAUACGAGUUGAGGACGUCCCUUCAUACUGCACCACUCUGGACUUUGCCUACGACAAACGUACACGCGACAUGUCCAAGAUACCAAGCCACAUCCAUACCUUGUUCCUCAAGGGCACCGACAACUUCAUGCAUGGCAUACUGCCAACAUCCAUCACCCGUCUUAAACUGGACAUGCACAGCUUGCCCCUGUUGGCACCAUCAGUGGCGGCAGGGGCAGCUUUGACCGUCCUCAACAUUCGUUAUCAUGGCCAUCUGCCUCCACAUUACAUCCCAUCGUCGGUGACUACCCUGAAGCUCAGGUGUCCAGAGGUUCGGAUGGGCGACAUCUCUCACUCGGUCACGCUCUCGUCCGACCAUAUUUCGGUCGCCAGUGGAGUGACCCCGACAUCGGUCACACACCUGAGCUUCACAAGACACUUGGUCGGUCCGCUCUCGGAAGGUGUCAUUCCGGCCUCAGUCACAUGGCUCUACUUACGAGAGUUUACCGUGACCAAGGACAUCCAUCUUCCGACAUCAAUAACAACCCUGACAAUUGGCAAGGUAAAUUGUAUCCGCCCUGUGCCCAUCCCCUCGUCGGUCACCGAUCUCACUUUUGCCAAUGAGUUCAAUUCCGUGAUCCGCCUGAUUCCAGCAUCGGUGAGGACGCUCAGGUUCGGAGCGUUAUUCGACCAAUCACUGGAGGGAAUGCUCCCGUCGUCGCUCACUCACUUGGGUAUCAACAACCCCAGCUAUCCUUGCCACCUGACGAGCCAAACAAUUCCAAGCUCAGUGACCUCGUUGGACCUGGGCUUCAGACGGACACCACUGGUCCAUGGCUUCAUUCCUGGCUCCGUGACAUCACUUACACUCAACACUCAACACUUGGUUCUGACUCAUGGGCUCAUCCCGCCAUCAGUGACCCGGCUCACAUUUUUUGGGUCUUCAAUAUCGACGCCUCUUGUUACGGGCUGGAUUCCACCGUCAGUGACAUCACUGGCGUUUGAUUGCUCAGUGAGAUACAAUCGCGACGCCAUACCAGCCUCAACCACCAUGCUCCGCUUUGGACACAAUUACUUUGUGAGCCAGCCUCUAUCCGAAUCAGUCAUUCCGCCUACAAUCACGUCGUUGGACAUUGCCUUCGAUAGCUCAGAUGUACCCAUGGAGCUUAGCCCGAGGGUGAUUCCAGAGUCAGUGGCCGAGCUCACUAUAUCAUACCCGACCUUUGACGCACUGGGGGAUGCAGACCUCCACGUGCUAUCCCAACUGCAAUGUCUCAAAGUGGUCAAUUCCUUUUGUUUGGAAGCAUUCGAGACGAUCGUCUGGAUCUUCAAGUCCACCCCUCUCACAUCCAUAACAUUCACCAUCGACAAAGAAUGCCUCAUAUUCCGCCAGCUCGUUGUCCGAAAGCUUGACAAGAACCACACCAUCUUCCUGUCCGACUUCCAGUUCUCUGGCCUCCUGUCUCUUCACUAA